AUGAUAACAAGAAAAAGAAAAGUAAAACUAGAUAAUAAUAAUAAUAUAUCAUCUUAUAUAAAUAAUGAUGUUAAUAAGAAAAAAAAUAGCUAUAAAAAUAAUGAAGAGAAUCCUUAUUCAAAGAGGAAGAAGAAGAUAAAUGAAGAUGAGCAUCGAAAUAGUAGUACAUGUGAUGUAAAUUAUAAUAAAUGUUAUAAUGAUAAAAAUUAUUUUACCGAUGAAAAUAUUUCUGAUGAUGAACAGAACACUUGUGAUAAUGAUUCCGAAUUAUCUGAUCUUAAUGAUGAUGAUUAUGUUUAUGGAAAAAGGAGUGAUGCUUCUUCAAGUUAUUAUAAGAAAAGAAAAAAAAAAAAAAAAAUAAUAAAACGAAAAAAUAAUAAUAAUAAUAAUAAAACAGAGAUAAAUAAAAAAGUGAAAAAAGAAAAAGAAAAAGAAAAACAAAGUAGUAAUGAAAAUUUUCCUAAAAAGAAGGAUGAGGAAAAACAACCAAGAAAAAAAAAAUUCCAAAAAAAAAAUACAAUUUUAGAAAAAAUGCAUAAUUUUAUUUAUCAAAAAAACGAAUAUUUUGAUUUAGACCUUUUCAAAUAUUUAAGCACAUUAACAGAAAGGGAUGAAGAAAAAAUGAAUGAACACUUUAGCUAUUUUGUUAUCUCCGAAUUUUUAAAUCUAAUGAGAUUAUGCAAAAGGGGAAAAGAAAAUAGAAACCAAGGUGAAGUGGAGAAGCAAAAUAUCGAUGAUAAUAUACAUAUCGAUGAUAAUAUACAUAUUGAUGAUAAUAUACAUAUUGAUGAUAAUAUACAUAUUGAUGAUAAUAUACAUAUUGAUGAACAUAUAGAUUGUCAAAACGUAAAAGACAAUAUGAUUAAUAUUAGUGAAAAUUCAGAAAUAAAAAAAGAAAAAGAAUCUGAUAUAUCUUGUACGGAAGUAUCCAAUUUCAUCUCUAAAAAAAUAUUUAACAUAAAAGAAAAUAUAGAUUUAAAAUGUAUAUUAAAUCAUGAUAAUACAAACUGGAGAAAUAUAUUUUUCCUUGAGGAUAUACAAAUUCAUUUAAAUAAUAAAAAGAUUAAAGUCUCUCCUUUUUCAAGUGAAAGAGUUGUCGAUAAUAUUAAGAAAAGCUAUUUAUUAAAAAAAAAAAAAAAAAAUAAUUUUCAUAUAAAACAAAAGGUAAAGGAGCAAAAUCAUGACUUUUAUAAUUAUUUAGAAAAAAUAAAAAUAUAUAUAAAUGGACAAAAAAAAAAUAGGCAAGAAGAAAUAAGAGAAGAAAGGCGGGGAAAUAAUAAUUUUGAUAUAGAAUGUAAUAUAAAUAGGAUUGAAGGAAAUAAUAUUUUACAUCCUGAUAUGAUAGUAUUUUUAUAUUUUUUAUUAAUUUGUAAUAGUUUAUCUAAUGAUAUAAAAGAAAAUACAAGUGAAGAAGAAAAUAAAAGUAUAACUAAAAAUAUAAAUGAAGAAGAAACAUUAAACAUAGAAAAUAUUUUGGAUAACUUAGAAGAAUAUUUAUCAAAAGAUUUAUCAUCAGAAAAUAUUUUUUUAAGUUUGUGUUGUCCUAUAAAUUAUAUGGACUUUAGUGAUAGUAUAAAUAUGGUAACAUAUUUAACUUUUUUUUUGAAUGAAAAAAAUGUCAUGGAUAAAAAUAUAUAUAAUAAAGACACUUACCCCAUAAAUCUAUCUUAUAAUAAUAAUAUUAAUAAUAAUAGUAUUUCUGGAGAGGAAGUUCUAUAUGAUGAUAAAAACAGAUUAGAAAAUAACAAUUAUAAUAAUAAUAAUAAUAAUAAUAAUAGUAUUUCUGGAGAGGAAGUUCUAUAUGAUGAUAAAAACACAUUAAAAAAUAAUAAUUACAAUAGGAGUAUUAUAAAAAAUGAUGUUACAAAUUUUAGGUACGAAAAUAAUGAUAAUAUAUAUAAUGAAAAAAUAGAAAACAAUAUUUAUAAUUUAAUAAACGAUAUGAUGAUGAAAUGUUCCGAGAUCUUUGAAGGGAAUAUUUUAAGCAUAAGUAUAUAUAGUUAUUUAAAUAGUGAUGCUUAUUAUAAUUCUGAUAAACCUGGACGAAAUUUUAUUGUUUUUUAUUUUUUAUCAAAAUAUUUGUGUAAACCGGUAUUCAUUGACAUAAUAGAACAUACUUAUAUGUGUAAAAAAAUGGAAUGGAUAAAAUUUGAUUCUCUGAAUGCAGGAAAAGGAAAAGGAAAAGGAAAAGAAUAUAUAUAUUUGUUAUUAUGUUUAUUAGGUAAUAAAAUAAAAAUUUUUGCAAUAUCGAAAUAUCAUUUUUUUGUUAAUAUUUAUAUGGCUUUGAAAAAUCAGAGAAAUAAAGAUAGCUCUAAUAAUAUAUAUUCAUUUAUAAAAAAUGAGAAAAGAAAGGAAAAAAAAAAUCAGAAAAAAACACAAACAAAAAGACAAAAAUUUAAAAAGAUAUUUACUUAUACAAGUAGUGAAUAUAUUAACGAUUUUUCAUAUACCAUUUGUAUUAAGGAUCAAAAAAGAUAUUUAAAAAUAGCUCUUUGUUUUAAUAACUUCAAAAUUAAAAUUAUAGAUAUUAUAUUAAAUAUUGUUAAUAAAGAGGAAAAUAAAAUUAACAGUUUUAUUGAAAAAAGUAAAACCAUCAAUAUUUCUCUACAGUAUGGAGAUAGAGAACAUUAUGAAAAUUUUUUAUUUUUUAAUAAAAAUCAAAAGAACAUAAAUCAGAAUAUGCAAUCUUUUGAAGGAAAUAUAAAUGAAAAUGAUGAACUUGUACAUAGGUACUCAUGGAAUAAGGAAAUGAAGAAAAAAGAAAAUUUCUUUCCAACAAGUUGGAGCAACCACAAUAAAAAUGAUGAUGUUAAUAAUCAUGAUGAUGCUAUUAAUUGUCAUAAUGUGGAUUGUAUAAAUGAUAGGAAUAAUAAUCUUUAUAUUUCCGAUAAAAGGAAAUUUCAUUUGGAAACACAUAGUAAUAUUAGAUCUGGUAUAAAAAAUAAUAUAUAUAAUAUAUCAAAUAAUAUUUGCUUAUCAAACAUUAAUAAAAUAAAUAUAAGAGAAGAAAUAAUAUACCUACAACAUGGUGUGUUAUCCCUAUGUUCAUUUUAUCCAUGUAUUAAUUCCUAUCUUUUAUGCUUAUGUUCAAAAGAUGGGAACAUCGUAAUAAUAGAUAUACGAAAUAGUAAGGAGCUGUUUUAUUUUAAAAGAAAAACAGAAACAUGUUCUCAUUUAAAGUGGUACAGAAAUAGUUGUAUUAGUUUCGGUCAAGAUAAAGGAUCUAUAAUUAAUCUUUUUCAAAAUAAAUAUAUUUUAAAUAUUGAUAAAUCCUUUUUUAAUACUGUUGAUAAUAGUUGUUUAAAUAGCGUUUUAAUUGGAGAUCAUAUGUAUUUAUUUCUAUAUGAUGAUAACACUAUAUUAAAGGGGAAAACAAAAGAAAAUUCUUCAAAAAAUAAAUAUAAUGAAUUUUUUUUAUGGAGUACAAAAUGUGUAGAUCUUGAGCCAAGUAUAUUAUUAGAAAUUAGUUGUAUGCAGAAAGAAGAUAUCUAUUCAGUUUCCAUGAUAUUAUUAUAUGAAUAUUUGAAAGGAUUACAAAAUGUGUUGAAUGAUGGUAUAAAAAUUGUAAGGUCAAAAAAGUGGGACCAACAAUGCACAGGAAAAAAUAGAGCACUAACACCAAAAAGCAUAUCAUAUGCUUCGUUUGAUGAAAAUUAUAUAAUAGCUUAUGGAACAUCAUGCGGAUUAAUACAUAUCUUUUCUCAAGAAAAAGAUGAAAAUAAUAAUGUGUAA